CUUAAGGUGUUGACAGUUGACUUGACAGUCUGUUUUAAAACAGUUUGAGGUUAUUAAUGUGUAAGAUGCGAAGCAAGUAAACCCAAAAAGCAAAACCAACAAAAAGGUGUUGAUUCAUAUUCUGUUAUUAUAGAAACGUUUUAGAUAAUUCUUCUGCAGCAACAUGGAGUUGGGUGAAUUUGAUGCUGCUCUUGGUGGACCCGAACAGUUGCCACAUUCAGCAAAUAGUUUGAAAUUUGCUGCUUCUAGAAGUGUAGAAAUAGCUGCUAUGACUGAAAGUAUCCUUAGGCCAAGUAAAACGAAACUCAUAUUCCAAAGUUUACCGGUACACAUGCGCCGAAGGGUGAUGAGCCACAAUUGCAAACGUUUACCUAGACGAUUACGAGAGAGUCAUUUAGAACAACUUAAAAAGAGUGGAAUAUCUCCACAACAAAAGCGAAAGCCUUCUCGAAAACAUAGACGGAGGAAAACUAAUUUACUAGAAGAAUAUAAUAGGCGGCAAAGAAGAAAUGUUUGGUUAGAAACUCAUAUCUGGCAUGCUAAAAGGUUUCAUAUGGUAGAACGUUGGGGUCAUCGCUUAGCUUACAGACCAUGUGAUAAAGCAUUCAGAGCCUGCUAUCGUGCUAGCUCUGCCCACUGUCUUAUGCAAGACAUAUCAUACUACACUUCUUUUCAAAUUAAAGGACCUGUUGACAUCAUCAAAGACUUGUUCAGUAAUAUCACAGACAAUAGUUGUGGGCUUGGUGUUUGUGCAAAAGCAUAUGUAAAUGGAUAUAGAGAAGGCAUAAUUAAUUUAUAUAAACCUAAUUCUUACCCAUAUGAAUUUAUUGGUCAAGUUGAUUUUUUAUGGAUAUCUUCUGAAAAUAGCCAUAAAGAAAUGUGGUUAUUUGUACAUCCAUCUCAAGCAAAAAUGGUAGAGAAAGUUCUAACUGACUUUGUGAGUAAAUCAAGUACCGAUCUGUCAAAACCAGAUACAGAAGAAAAUUUGGCUGUAAAACGAAGAAAAAUAUCAACAAAAUACUCGGAUGUUAAAAUUAAAACAUUAUCUGGUUUCAAUAGAAUUCGCUUGACUGGACCCAAAAGUCAUGCAGUAUUGGUUCAAACACUUAAAUGUGUAGAAAACAUGGAAAAUGUAGAAUCUAAUGAUUGGGUUCAGUAUUUAUUGAAGAAAAAAGUUAAUUUAUUACUAAAAGAGAAAAAAGAAUAUUGGGACAAAAUCUCUUCUCUGACUUCACCAUCUCAACUAUCUCCAAGAUUAAUAAUUGGUUUAGUUAUAAAAGACCCUCGAUGGAGUCGCCCAAGUAAGAGGACAAAAGCUAAUAACAACUAUGUUACAAGUAUUGAUGAGGAAACAUUAAUUAGUGUGCCUCCAUACUUAUCCUCAUCUCCAUUGUGGGACACAUCCAUAUGUGAUAUUAUAAAAGAUAAAAAAAUUACUAAUGCCAAAUUUAUUGAACAUGUAACUAAAACACAUUUUGUCCCAGGAGAAAUCAAUGAAGAUGAUCCAACACUACAAUGUAUACCUAUUGUUUUGAUACAAAGACCUGGAUCACAAAAUCCAGAACACAAAAAAAUUGGAUAUGGCAGUGGGUGGGAUAUCAUUAUACCUCCUGGAUAUGGUCUUCCAUUUUGGCUAACUUUUAUAAUGUUUGGAGCAAGGUCAGGUGGAUUGAGAGAAACAGAAAACUUAGCAUUUGAAAUGGGUCAGUGCUAUUUGCCGCCAGACUCAGAAGCAGGAAGAUUAGAAGAAAUAAGAAUUGAAUCUGAUUUAAGAGAAAAAUAUUUUAAAAGACCACCAAGUAAAAGAGUUAAUUUUGUUAAGCUUGCAGUUCCUUGUCCAUUUUUAUGCCCAUGGAAAAUAUUACUUAAAGAUUGGGGCAACAAUGUUGAGGACAAAAUGUUUGUUCUGCGUGAUAAAAAAAUGUUAAAUACAUUACAGGAUUGCAUAAACAAAAAAAUGAAGCCACCUAAAAUUGAAAACUCUGAUGCUUGUUUAGUGCCUGUUUACAUACAAAUGCUAGGAAGAGGAAAUUUAACCAAAUAUGCAACAAUUUGCUUACCACUUAUAAAAGACAUCACUGCAAAUCAAGAAUUAAUGGAACCCCACCAUGAAGAUCCUAAUACAAAAUUAAGAAAACAGAAACGGAUAGAACAUAAGAAAUUACUUAAGCAAAGGAGAAGAAUGCGUAUUAAAUUGAGAAAAAAACAAAUUGUAAUAAAUAAAAAAACUAAGAAGGGUAAAAAAAAAGAACCAUCUGAAUAUGUUAAAAUUAUGAGGCAAUUGUGGCUUCCUUCGAAUACAGAAUCCGUUCGCAACAAGGGUAUUAGAGAAGUCAUGGGAUAUGUGACUCAUGGAGCUUUUAGUUUUUCUGAAGCUAAAAUUUGUGGAAUUGGAUAUAUAGCAUAUAAUGCAAUUAAUAAACUUGACAAUCAAUUUUUAAACAAAAUUCUUGUAAGAUGCACAACUUCAAGAAAGUACAGGCUAGCUAAUAUUCAUAUCAUAAAAUCACCUUAAGUUUUAGGUUGGUUUGGAGUAAAACUAACCUCAUACUUAAGGUUAUUUUA